AUAUAAAUGUCUAUAAAGGCUGGUACAUAGUGACGCACAUAAGGCCAAACCAGGUGUCUCAGGCAGUGCAGCAGCAGUGUUGUCUGUGGGAGAGAGUAACUCCCUUUGGUGCAGACUUUGCAGACAUUUUACAUGUACAAAAUGCCACAUAACACAAUAAAACAAAAGCAGAAAAGCUAAAUAUAAAAGACACACUUAAAGAUGUCCUUUUUGUUGCAUGGGUCAUAAAAAGCAGGGGCUAAAAAUGAAACUUAAUGAUGGGUCAGGGGCCAAAAACAAAUACCUAUGAGGAAGCCCUGAUUUAGAGAGACAUAAAAAGGACCAACAGAAUAAGAUGUUAGUGUUGGCUUUAAUUUUCAGCAUAGCACUACAGACUGUUGUGUCAUUGUGUUAGUGGAUGUCUACAAUUCAGCUUUUUUUCUGUCUGUAAUACAUCUUUUCUCUCGUUUGAUUCUAAGUCACAAAGUUACAAAACUGUUAGAUUUUUCAUUUAAAUUUGUUCACAAAGUUAUUUUUGUGACUUUUAAAACACUGUUGCUCGGCGACAACAAGUUUUUUACUUUAUCAUACUGAGGAGAAAAAAAAAAACUGCGUAGCUCUGCGGUGGAAAAUGUGCUGCAAAGAUCACGCAUCACUUUCAAUUGUGCAAUAUCCACACUGAAAACAAUUCCUACAAACUCAUAUGACUUCACAUGUAACCUGACUCGUCUCUGCAUCUGUCAUCUAUGUGCACGGGGGACCUGAUGAACCUACUUGUUUAAAAACUGAGUUUCUGCUUCUCCUGAUGAACAAACAUGAUCAGAGAUCUGAAUUUCCUUCUCAUUGGCUUUCUGCUGCGAGGUGCCCUGUGCGGGAAGUUUGAGGUCAAUGUGCUGAAGUCAAUAGAGGUUCUGAGUGGAUCCUGUGUGACCAUCCCCUGCUCCUUUGACGUAGAGGACAGAUUUCACUCAGCUCUUGAUGGAACAUGUAGAGCACUGUGGAAAUCUGAUCGUAAGACUGUUGUGUUUAACAGCAGUGAUCCACAAUCAAGUGCAAUACAAGGAGAACUGAAAGGAGACUUGAGGAGAAAAGACUGCACCACAACCCUGAACAACAUGAAACAUGAGUACAGCACAGAAUAUCAAAUGAGACUGGAAUGUAACCAACUCAAACAGAAUUUUGAACAGAAGUUGCACAUUUCAGUCACAGAUGAUCCACCCACACCGACUCUGACUCCGUCCACACUGAAGGUGGAGGAGGGAGCCUCAGUGAGUUUGAAGUGCUCUGCUCCAGCUCCCUGUCUGUCUCAUCCUCCAGCUCUGACAUGGACCUCCAGCCUGGGUCACAUUCAGGACUCACUGCAGGAGAAUCUGGACAGAACUAAAGUCCAGACCUCUGUUCUGACCUUCACUGCUUCUCGCCUUCAUCAUGGAAAGAUAAUCUCCUGUACUGCAGUCUACAGCAAACAAGAUGGCAGCUCUCAGUCAGCCCCUAGCAAACGUUUAACACUUAACGUUUCCUUUGCUCCGCAGAUCCUGUCCUCAUUUGACUGCAUUCAAACUGCAGACCAGCUCAACUGUUCCUGUGAGACUGUGGGGAAUCCUCCUCCUGCUCUACAGUGGUAUUUGAAUGGGUUACCUGUCAAUCACUCUGAAGGGUUUGCAGUCAGCAGUGAGCCUCUAAACGUCUCAGGUCUGAGGAGCAUCAUCACUGUGAAUAAGCUGCAGAGUGAUCUUCGUUUGUCCUGCCACAGCUCCAACUCCGUGGGAUCAACUACUCAGAGAUUUUUUGUCUACAGACUUGAGCCUCACGCCUGUUCACGCAGAGUCCAUUUGCCAAUCUUCAUUGCCAUAGCUGCUGGUAUUACAGCAGCACUAGGAUUUGCUCUACUGGUUGCUAUCAGGGCUGUGUGGCACAAACCUACAAAGAGUGAGUGCACAGGUGACACCAGCAGAGCUGUGACGAGUCGAGGCCUGACAGGUGAAAUGGAAAAUAAGGUGUCUAUCACGUCGGAAGAGGAUAUUUAUGUCAACACCAACGUGAUGAGACAGUCAGAUAAACUAGAAAAACAACUAGGUCAUCAACACAUUGCCAAUCAAAGCUCAGAGAAGCAGGAUGAGGAAGGCAGCGACGUGUUGUACGCCAGCGUGGUUUGGAAAAGCAAGAAGAAAAGGAGGAAGAAGGAAGAUCACUCUGGGGAAAAUAACUUCUAUCUGGCAGAGCAGAGGUACAUGGGGAGAAACACGGGCAGGAAUGUUUUGAGCAACGCACAAGAGAUGGGGAGUCUUUAUGGCAACACUGUGACUGGAAAAAAUGCAAAGAAGGCAGUCUCCAGUGAAUACGCCCAAGUUACAUUUAGAUAGAUAGAUAGAUAGAUAGAUAGAUAGAUAGAUAGAUAGACAGAUAGAUAGAUAGAUAGAUAGAUAGAUAGAUAGAUAGAUAGACAGAUAGACAGAUAGACAGAUAGACAGAUAGACAGAUAGAUAGAUAGAUAGACAGAUAGAUAGAUAGAUAGAUAGAUAGAUAGAUAGCGCAUUAUUUGAGUGUUGUGGAGAUCUUGUUCUGUUUGACGUUGGUUCGAAUCUGUUCCAAGUGUUUAAGGUAACGGUUAUGCAUCAGAUGAUGUUAUACUGUCAGUGUUUAGUCCCUUACAAAGAAUCAGCACCUCUCUGACUGUCUCACAGAAAUAACAAAUGUAAGGGGCAUAGGGUCUGUUAAUGAAACUGAGGUGUACAAUAAAUUAUUAGUGUUUAUGUUUUCCUCUAUAUAUGACAAUGGCGACUAAUGACAGUCCAAACGUGUCUUUUUGUUUGUAUAAAUGUCUCCAUAAAAUGUUUUUCAUGGAGGCUCAGGCACUGUCACUGUGUCUUACAAUAGGGCUGGUCCAUAUAUCAUCUUUUUAAGGGAUAUUGAUAAAGUCUGGAGAUGUAUUCUUGUAUAUUCAAUACUGUUUAUAUCAAUAAGUUUUGACGUUGUUUGCAUGUUUGUAUAUAACCUGUUUCACCUGUAAAGCUGCCAGUUUGCGUCUCUCUGCUACAUGUAAACCGGGUCUGUACUGUAUUUGCAGAGCAUCUUUUUUGUGCGAGGUUCUGAUUCCUUUGCCUGUUUGUUUGCGAGCUGAAUCGCUGAACAUCGUUAUUCUACUUGGUAGUUUUCGUCUAUCAUAUGAUGUGUUUGUGAAAAUGCAGCACAGUGACGACACAUACAUUUCAUACACAUGUGACAUCUGUAAUGCAAACAAAGUCUCUC